AGUCCCCGGGAGGUUGAUGUGGAAGUGAGGAGUUGCGGGAUCCUUUUUUGGGGCUGGAUGCGAGGGAGAGGAACUCUAGAGAAAGCUGUUCUCGGGACGCGCUCUUCGAUGACCUGUCUUGCUGGACGCGGAAGGGUCCCGCCGCCUCACACGUGGAAGACCAGUUAGACGGGCAAAAGUCCAUGGAGACCCUGCCUGGAGGCCUGAGCACCAAGAUUAGACCUGCCAGCACUGCCUAACGGAUUGCUGAGGAUCAGAUGAGGUAUUUAGGUGUUCAUAUAAACGAAUCAAGAUAACCAACCAUGUCUGUCACUGAGGAAGACCUGUGUCACCACAUGAAAGUAGUUGUUCGUGUGCGUCCUGAGAACACAAAGGAAAAGGCAGCUGGAUUCCAUAAAGUGGCCCAUGUUGUAGAUAAGCAUAUUCUAGUUUUUGAUCCCAAACAACAAGAAAUCAGUUUUUUCCGUGGAAAGAAAUCUGGAAAUCGAGAUAUUACAAAGAAACAAAAUAAGGAUCUUAAGUUUGUAUUUGAUGCUGUUUUUGAUGAAACUUCAACUCAAUUAGAAGUUUUUGAACACACUACUAAGCCAAUUCUUCGGAGUUUUUUGAAUGGAUAUAAUUGCACAGUACUUGCAUAUGGUGCCACUGGAGCUGGGAAGACCCACACGAUGCUAGGAUCAGCUACUGAACCUGGAGUGAUGUAUCUAACCUUGUUAGACCUUUACAAAUCCAUGGAUGAGAUUAAAGAAGAGAAAAUAUGUAGUACCGCAGUUUCUUAUCUGGAGGUAUAUAAUGAACAGAUUCGUGACCUCUUAGUAAAUUCAGGGCCACUUGCUGUCAGGGAAGAUGCCCAAAAAGGGGUCGUUGUUCAGGGGUUGACUUUACAUCAGCCCAAGUCCUCAGAAGAAAUUUUACACUUGUUGGAUAAUGGGAACAAAAAUAGGACACAACAUCCUACUGAUAUGAAUGCCACAUCUUCUCGUUCUCAUGCUGUUUUCCAGAUUUAUUUGCGACAACAAGACAAAACAGCAAGUAUUGAUCAAAAUGUCCGAAUUGCCAAGAUGUCCCUCAUUGACCUGGCCGGGUCUGAGAGAGCCAGUGCUACCAGUGCUAAAGGGACCCGGUUCAGAGAAGGUACAAAUAUUAAUCGAUCACUUCUAGCUCUUGGGAAUGUCAUCAAUGCUUUAGCAGAUACAAAGAGAAAGAAUCAGCAUAUUCCUUACAGAAAUAGUAAGCUCACUCGCUUGUUAAAGGAUUCUCUUGGAGGCAACUGUCAAACUAUAAUGAUAGCUGCUAUUAGUCCUUCCUCUAUGAGCUACGAUGACACAUAUAACACUCUUAAGUAUGCUAACCGUGCAAAGGACAUUAAAUCUUCUUUGAAGAGCAAUGUUCUGCACCUUGACAAUCAUAUAACUCAGUAUGUGAAGAUCUGUAAUGAGCAGAAGAAAGAGAUUUUAAUGUUAAAAGAAAAACUAAAAGCCUAUGAAGAACAGAAGGCCAUGACUGAGGAAAAUAACCAAGCACAGUUAAUGAUUUCAAACCCUCAAAAAAAAGAAAUUGAAAGAUAUCAAGAAAUACUGAAAUGCUUAUUCCAGAAUCGAGAAGAAAUUAGGAAAGAAUAUCUGAAGUUAGAAAUGUUACUUAAAGAAAAUGAACUUAAGUCUUUCUAUCAACAACAGUGCCAUAAACAGAUAGAAAUGAUGUGUUCUGAAGACAAAGUAGAAAAGGCCACUUGCAAACGAGAUCAUAGACUUGCAAUGUUAAAAACUCGUCGCUGCUACUUACAGAAGAAAAGGGAAGAAGAAUUGAAGCAAUUUGAUGAGAAUACUAAUUGGCUCCAUCGUGUCGAAACCGAAAUGAGACUCUUAGGUCAAAAUGGUGAUAUUCCAAAGGUACAGACGUGUAUACAGGCAUACCUCAUUUUUGUGAUGGAUCUAGCUUGUCUUCAGGAACAUCAACAUAGGCAGACUGAGGCAGUAUUGAAUGCUUUACUUCCAACCCUGAAAAAACAGUACUGUUCAUUAAAAGAAGCUGGCCUGUCAAAUGCUGCCUUUGAGUCUGACUUCAAAGAGAUUGAACAUUUGGUGGAGAGGAAAAAAGUGGUUGUUUGGGCUGACCAAACUACUGAACCUGACAAGCAGAGCGAUCUACCAGGGGUUUCUAUGUUUAUGACCUUUCCACAACUUGCACCAGUUCAGACUACUUCUUGUUGCACAUCUUCAAGUGAAUCUAAUCUGCUUAACAUUCCUUCACAAAAAAGAACUCGAAGAAAACUAAUGUCUUCUCCCUUGAAAACAGAACCUACCCAGAAGUCUGCACUGUCUGAAAAUAUACAGCUCAAUGAUUCUUUCAGCAAAGAACUUCAGCCUAUUGUGUAUACCCCAGAAGACUGCAGAAAACCUUUGCAAAAUCCAUCUACAGUGACCUUAUUAAAACCAUCGUCUUGUACUACGAGUGUUCAGGCCGCCGGCUCAAAUAUAUACAGUGAGAAUUCUCUGAAAAUGUCAUCUGAAGUAGAUCUACCUGUUAUCAGGAGAAAAGAAUAUAGACAGGAGGAUUUGGACUCCAUGUUUACUAUAUGUGAAGACACCGGGAGAUUGAACAGCAAAUUACCUGAGCAACAGUCGGUAUCAAACAAUAACAUUGUACAAAGGCUUGCCCCUUCCUCAUUCUCAGCGAAACAUCCUCUGCCUGUACAAAGCAUAGUACCAUCCUACAUGGCCAUGACUGCUGCUGCCAAAAGGAAACGGAAAUUAACAAGUUCUGCAGCAAAUACUUUAACCGCUGAGGAAAAUUCUGGAUUUGCCAAACGUAUUCGACAAGAUAAUUCAAGCAAUAAGCACUUACAAGAAAACGGACCAGCAGUGGAAUAUAAAAGAAACAUCCAUAAAGUAAAGCCAAACAUGGUCAGAAAGUUUGGAAGAAGCAUUUCAAAAGGAAAUCUAAGAUAAAUCACUUCAAAAUCAACAGACAUUAAAUGGACAGCUCUGCUUUUAAGAGGGUUUCUUACCAGCACCCUUGCAGAAACGUACUUAAAGUUUUUGAAGAAGACCAUCUUAAAACUAGUUUUACCCAAAUAGCUUCAGCAAGCAGAACAUGAAAUUCCUUCACUCUUGUUCUUUGGUAUUCUAAGCAACUAAACAAUUUUAACAGAAAAGGUUAUGUUUUAAGUUUCUAAAAUAUUGGCUACCUUUUAAAAUCCCUACGUCAUCAUGGUGGUAGCUCAUUUUUGCUAUUUUGCAGCAGGUUGAUUAGGAUAUUUUAGAAAACGAUAGUGAGUUAAAUGUCAUUACUGCUUUUUGAAAAUCAGGAGAAGUUAGAGGUGAUAAAAUUAUGGCCCGGGAUGUAUUUGGUCUUACAUUAUUUUAAUCAUAUAUGUGACUUUUCUUUGCGAAAAUAUUUUGAUGUUCAAAUGUACAUAUAUGUUCCCAUAAAGCUGUUGUAAAUAUUAUUUAAAUAGUCUUCAUGAAUAAAAUAUUAAUUUUGUUCCUUACUACUUAGUAUAUUAAAGUCAUAGGUUUUAUAAUGUU